CGCUGAGAUCAGCAGCAUCGGGGAAUUGGCGGCAAAAGGAGCCUUCAACUUGAGAAUGAUUUAUGGAUCGAUGAAAAGCUGUUGGUCGUGGAUUAUGAGAAGUUGAGGCUGCAUGCCGGAUGAGUCAACGGCGGGCUGGGCAGAUUCGUGAGACUUGCAUAGCCACCGUAGGCGCACUCCGAAUAUACGACAGGCAUUAUACAGCCUCAAAUGCUGUCGAGCCAUAAGUAGACCUUUAGAAAUUCUGUCCGAAAUGACAUUGAACAACAAGUCUUUCAAUUGAGCUGAUUGCCUCGCAACAACAACAACCCGGCCUUUCCGCAAUUAUUUGGUUUUGGGCUGAGGAAUCGAGAACGCCACCAGCAUCCGAAAGAAAGAUGGAGAAAUUGAUCCCUCACAGCAAAUACAAGCAGCGGUCUCAUGAGACAUCUCUUGAGAGGCAUCUUGUGGAACUUCAAAACAAACCUGAACAGCCGUCCAUUGUCUUGCUUGGAGAUUCGAUGAUCGAACGCAUGAUUACAACUGGCCUAUCUCCGAGCUUCGACCUAUGGCCAUCAACAACGAUGAUCGGCGAUGAAACAAAUCAACAGCAUCUACAAACACCUUCGGCUAGAACUGAACGCUUGCAAGGCGUCUUCAAUGCUGGCGUGGGCGGCGACAAGUUCGAAAACGUCAUCUAUCGACUCACCGGCUCAUCAGACCCCUUGAGACCCCUUGGCGGGCUGCUGGAUGCACUUCGGAACCGCGAUGUCAAGUUAUGGGUCUUGCAUGUGGGCACAAACAACCUGCAUCCCAAGCGCGGAAUGAGAGAAUCUGACCUAGCUCUACUUCGGUUGAUUGUGGAGGCUCUGCUCGAAAUGAAUGGCAAGAUACUUCUCAUUGGGCUCUUCAGGAGGAAGGAUAUCAGGGAUGAACUGAUUGUGAAAGCGAAUGAGAGCUAUGUUGAGCUUGUUCGACAAUUUCAAGAGGAUGCAGUGAACCAAAUAGAGUUCUUGGAGCCUCCCUUGGUCGACAUGGAGGAGUGUCUGGUAGACCAUGUUCAUCUGAACGAGAGGGGGUAUCAAAUCUGGGCCGAAGUUCUGUUCAAAGCAGUCACGAACGCCAUGUAAUGGUGAGCUUCGGACUGCAAAUUUUCGAUCAGCUCGCCAUUGCAGGCCUUAUAAUACUGUUCGUUAUGCAAAACAUUUGUACCAUGCGCUUCCGCGGAACCCUGGGUAGCAUUAGGUCUGGGCCCGAAGAGGUUCUUGAAUAUGAACACUUUUGACAGAAGCCACCCUUUUGAC